ACUGAGGUCCAUGUGACACUUUUAUAAAGAUGGCAUUCAUUAAAGAGGAGAGUGAAGAAAUGAAGAUUGAAUACACAUUCAGAGUCAAACAUGAAGAGACUGAGACACACACUGUUACAAAGAUGGAGUUUAUUAAAGAGGAGAGAGAAGACGUGAAGAUUGAAGACACAUUCAGAGUCAAACAUGAAGAUACUGAGGAACAAACAAAGAUGGAGUUUAUUAAAGAGGAGAGAGAAGAAAUGAAGAUUGAAGACACAUUCAGAGUCAAACAUGAAGAUACUGAGGAACAAACAAAGAUGGAGUUUAUUAAAGAGGAGAGAGAAGAAAUGAAGAUUGAAGACACAUUCAGAGUCAAACAUGAAGAGACUGAGACACACACUGUUACAAAGCUGGAGUUUAUUAAAGAGGAGACUGAAGACGUGAAGAUUGAAGACACAUUCAGAGUCAAACAUGAAGAGACUGAGACACACACUGUUAUAAAGAUGGAGUUUAUUAAAGAGGAGAGAGAAGACGUGAAGAUUGAAGACACAUUCAGAGUCAAACAUGAAGAGACUGGGGAACAAACAGACCUGAUGGCACUGAAAGAGGAGAGUCAAGGACUGAAUGAAACAGAAGAGAAAGAUCAAAAUGAGAAACAUCAUGAUUUCAAAACUGAAGAAAAAUCAAUUAGUUGUUCACAGACUGAAAAGACUCAGAAAAUACAAACUAAAACCCUUAAUUACAACAUAAUUCACACUGGAGAGAAACCUUACACUUGCAAAGUGUGUGGAAAGUGUUUUACUCUGAAAAAUCACCUUAAUGUCCACAAGAUAAUUCACAGUGAAGAGAAACCAUUCAUAUGCCCUCAGUGUGGAAAGAGAUUUACACAGAUAAAUACCCUUAAUGUCCACAUGAGAAUUCACACUGGAGAGAAACCUUACACCUGCAAACUGUGUGGAAAGUGUUUUACACAGAAAAAUACCCUUAAUGACCACAUGAGUAUUCACACUGGAGAGAAACCUUACACUUGCAAAAUGUGUGGAAAGUGUUUUACACGGAAAAAUCACCUUAAUGUCCACAAGAGAAUUCACAGUGAAGAAAAAUCAUUCAUAUGCCCUCAUUGUGGAAAGAGAUUUACACAGAUAAAUAGCCUUAAUGUUCACAUGAGAAUUCACACUGGAGAGAAACCUUACACCUGUGAGCUGUGUGAGAAGAGUUUCACACGAAUUGGAGAGCUUAAGAUUCACAAGAGCAUUCACAAUAAAGAGAAACCAUUCAUAUGCCCUCAGUGUGGAAAGAGAUUUAAACAGAAAAAUACCCUUAAUGUCCACAUGAGAAUUCACACUGGAGAGAAACCUUACACCUGCAAAAUGUGUGGAAAGUGUUUUACACAGAAAAAUCACCUUAAUGUCCACGUGAGAUUUCACACUGGAGAAAAACCUUACACUUGUGAGCUGUGUGAGAAGAGUUUCACACGAAAGGAAGAUCUUAAGAUUCACAAGAGCACUCACAGUGAAGAGAAACCAUUCAUAUGCCCUGAGUGUGGAAAGAGAUUUAAACAGAAAAAUACCCUUAAUGUCCACAUGAGUAUUCACACUGGAGAGAAACUUUUUAUCUGCAAACUCUGUGGAAAGAAUUUCUCACAUAACAUAUACCUAAAGAAUCACAUGAGGAUUCACAACUAGAGAGAAUCUGUUCGCAUGUGGUCAGUGUGGAAAGAGUUUCAGAUAUAAAGAAAGCCUUAAUAAUCACAUGAAGUUUCAUUCAAGAGAGAACAGUUUUAAAAUGUCAUCAGUGUGAAAUGAGUGUCACCGAGAAGAAACAUCUUAAGAAUCAUGUUAAAAUUCACGUCUGAGAAAAGCCUUUCAUGUUCCAUCUCUGUGGAAAGAGAACUUUGCUCAACAGGAGGAAGCCUCAAGAAACACUUGAGAAUUCGGCUGGUCUCCAUAUUUGGAAACCUAUAGUCCCAGUCAAACUCACAGUAUGGGAUGACAAUAGCAAAUAAAAUACUAUUUUGAAGAUGUGAACGAAAGAGUUUGUACACAAAUUUGAGAUGUGGCUAACAGAGUUUAGCAGUGUGCUACAUAUGGAGAAAUUCUGAUGUGAAAUUGCUGGUAAACCGAAGAGAUUCUUACAGAUAUGAAAACCCUUUUAAAUAUCUUGAAGGUGAUAACUGAUUAUUAAUUUCAACACUCUAGACCACUGAUAGGCAACGUUGGUUCUGGGUACCACUGUCCUGUAGAUUUUAGCUCCAACCCUAAUCAAACACACCUGAACAAGCUAAUUAAAGUCUUCAAAAUCACAAGGGCUACAGGCAGGUGUUGGUUUUUUCAAGGUUUCAGCUAAACUCUGCAGGACAUCGUCACUCCAGGACCACGUUGCCUAUACCUGAUCUGGACAUAUUCUCUUGUGUGGUGUGACAGAGUAUGUCUAGUAAGGUUAUCAUGCAGCUAUUGAAUAAUUGGAUAAUAUUUUGUACUGAUAUUUUAUUUUAUAUAGGCCCCCUCCCAAUUUU